AUGGCAUCAUUGUGUGAGGAUGAAUUACUUCACAUAUUCUCCUUUCUUCCAACAAAAUCAAUAUGUAAGUUCCAAUCUCUUUGUAAAUCUCUUCAUGAUAAAUUUCGUGGAGCCAGAUUUAGGAUGAACCAUGCACAAAAUAUGUCUCUAAAAGAUGAUACUUACAUCUUCAUUCAACCAAGAAUAUUUUUCAAUAACUUCGACAAGGAUGAAUUAUUCCAUCUGUUGCCGUCACCGCCCCUGUCGUCACCGGCCGGAGAAGAAUCGAAUUUCCAUGAGCAGCUGCCUAGAAAUUCCUUGCAGUUCUUGAAAAAGGUAAAAAUUCUUGCUUCGAGCAAUGGUUUAAUUUUGUGUCAAAGUAAUAGUAAUAAGGAGCUAUGUUUAUGUAAUCCUAUAACACAAACAUGGCUCCCAAUUACUACUCCAUCCACUCUGCCUGAAAAUCCUUUUCAUGAAGCCAAUGUUUUCUUCAAGUGCAUGAAUAAUAAGGGUUUGGAAUAUUUGGAUGAUUACUUGAUAAUUUUGAUUGAGGGGACACCAGAAUGGGGACAACAUGUUAUUAUUAAAUUAUAUUCGUCAAAAGAAGGUGUACGGAGAAAAAUGGAGAAUGAUUUUUUUGUUGGUCCAAUGAACAUGAGACUCAAUAAUUCAGUUUAUCUUCAAAAAAAACUGUUUCUGAUUUCAAAUAGUCCUUCUGUUUUUAAGAAGGGUUCUCAUUAUCUUCCACUGUAUAUAAUGGCCUAUGAUUUCGCGGUCGGCGGCGAAUCAACGACGGUAAACCUACCAGAAGAUACUUUAGAGGCUUCUCUUGAUUGGAAUUAUUCAAAGUCAAGUAAAUGGAAAAGGAUUUUAGAAGUUAAGGUUGAAGAGAUAGGGUUGAAGGAGGAAAAUCCUAAUGUUCAAGAGUUUAGAAUUGUUAAUGGGAAUUGUUUGGUUUUUGUAACUGGGAGAAAAGUGUAUGGAUAUUAUUGUUUCAAUGAUCAAAGUUGUUGGGGAUUGAAAGAAAUAUGUGAACAUAAAUGGGAUAAUAUUAGAAUUAAUUUGAUCCCUUAUUCUCCGACUCUUCGACCUUGUGGAAGCAAUAUGGCUUGA